AUGGAGCAGAUCACAUGCCGUUACCACUGUGUGACCCUGUUGACCAUUAUUUGCUCCUGCCGCGCCGUCGUCCUGGAGUCGAUUUACUGGAACAGCUCCAACACAAAAUUCACUCCCGGCCAGGGUCUGGUCCUCUUUCCUCAGAUAGGGGAUAAGAUGGACAUUGUGUGUCCAUGGGUAGGGGGUCCAUCCGGAGGAAAGGAGGAAUUCUACAGGGUAUACCUGGUGUCCAAAAGUCAGAUGGAGAGGUGCACAAUCGACAAGACAGACGCUCCCCUGCUCAACUGUGACAAGCCUCAUAGGGAUGUCAAGUUCACGUUCAAGUUCCAGGAGUUCAGCCCCAACCUCUGGGGUUUGGAGUUCCUCAGAGGAAAGGACUAUUAUAUCACCUCCACUUCUACCAGCUCUUUGCAAGGCUUGGAUAAUACCAGCGGAGGAGUGUGUAGAACCAAAUCCAUGAGGCUGGUGCUGAGAGUGGGCCAGAGUCCCUCAGACCCGUAUACGACUCUCCAGGAGUCCCCUACGAGAUUCCCACCCAAACAGCCAAAGUCCAGGGCCACGGACCAAUCCACUGAAAAAAAAGGUAUGAAAAUGGACUCCGGUUCAGAGACGGGAGAAACUCCACCCGGGGUCAGCAGCGGCUCAGGUCCUGGUGUAUUCAUCGGCAUUGCCUCUGGCUGUGUCAUUUUCGUGCUGGUCAUCGUCGUUCUGCUGGUGCUGCUGUGGAGGUGCCGCCGCCGGCCGUCCGACCCCGAUGGCCCCCGGUCUGCCUCAGUGUCCCUCAACACCUUGGCCGUGCCGAAGCGGGACAGCGUCAGCAGUGACAACGUGGGCUCGGAUCGCAGCGAGGUCGUCUUUCCUCUGCAGGCGUCUGAGGGCAGGGUCUGUCGUCACUAUGAGCGGGUGAGCAGCGACUAUGGGCCCCCGGUCUAUAUUGUCCAAGAGUUACCGCCCCAGAGUCAAACCAACAUCUACUACAAGGUCUAA